AGUUACUUCUAGUACAACCUAUAGUAUGGUGGGAGCAUUAAAUAAGUUGCCCGUUGCUGCAAGUGGAAUGAUUUUCUUUGGCGAUCCAGUUAAUUUUGGCAAUGUGUCAGCUAUCAUAGUUGGUUUUUUCGCUGGCAUUGUCUAUUCAUUUUCAAAAUCGGUCGUCCCACGAAAAUCGACUAAACCGAUGUCUGCCUCAAACAACAGCAUACGUGAUGCAAAUUCUGCCAAUCAGACAAUUGUCACUAUUGAUGAAAAAGAUUCAUCUUAA